AUGGUCGGAGUCCGCUUUACUCCGGGGAACAAAAACCCGUUCUCGGUUGAGCUUCAUCACGGAGGGGUGCGCUACUAUCUCGGCUCGUUUUCGCGUACUACGCCCGCGCGCUACCUGUCCGCGGUGGCACAGACCGUGUGGCACGACCGCGUUCAGAGUCGUGAGUUGUCCGCGUUAUGUGCUGCAGUUGGGCUAGAGGUCGCGGACGAUGAUGCGAAAGUGAAGGGGAAAGAACAGAAGACGUUAUUCGCCGCCGCGGUCGCGUUCGCGUUUGCUACUGUGUGGAGUCUGACCGCGGAAUAUGCGCGCUGCAACACGGCAAGUGGUGCGAGAUCGGCCUGGAAAAGAGUCACCGCGGAGGUUCGUGCUGCCGCGGUCAAAAGUGGCUCAGCCGCUGCAAAGCUGUGUCGCGCCAGUGCGGAUCAACUGGAGGGUUUGGAGGUGUGCUGGAGAGACGUGUGCUUGGACAUCCGGAAACACCAAGGUGAUCAGCUGGAGGCCGCGGCGAGCAUCCAGAAGAGGGUGCUGAAGUUGUAUGGGGAAGAGCUCGACAUGACCGACAAGGUUGUCGUGCAUCAGCUGAUCCAGGUGGUGGUCGACUGGAACUACGGUUCGUCCGUGUUCCCGGCAACGAAAGGUGUGGGCCUUUACAUGGAAUACCCGAAAAAGAAGGGGACGCGUGGGAAGGGCAAGAAUGGGGGCGCGGGAGAGAAGGAUGGGAAGAGCGAUAUGGAUGAGAGGAAGGGCGAGGAGGCGGAGCACAGUGAUGGAGAAGACGUGGAUGACGAUACGUUGAUGGUGGAAGGAUCGGAGGGCGGCGAGGAGUUUGCAUGA